ACAAGGUAAGCAUCAUCAGAAACAUAAAAGACAUUUUAUCAAGUGCUCAUGCAUCUUUUUUAACGCUGCAUAAAUCAGUAAGAUGAGGGGGUCGCAGUUCCCUCCAAAUUGUAAAAUCUCACUCAAAGUCAACACUGGCAGGAGGACAUAGAAAUGAUGCAUUCGAUCGGCCUCGACUCCUACAGAUUCUCAUUGUCCUGGUCAAGAAUACUUCCAAAGGGUCGCUUCGGAGAUGUUAAUCUGGCAGGCGUUCAAUUCUACAACAGCCUCAUCAACGGCCUGCUGGGAAAAGGGAUACAGCCAUUUGUGACAAUCAACCACUAUGACAUACCCCAGGAACUCCAAGAAAGAUACGGCUCCUGGUUGAGCCCAGAGAUUCAGGAGGACUUCAUCUACUUUGCUGAGCUUUGCUUCAAGAUGUUUGGUGACCGAGUAAAGCACUGGGUUACAUUUAAUGAGCCAAAUCUUAUGGUAAAGCUCGCAUACUUCGCUGGGGGAUUUCCACCCAGCCACUGUUCUGAGCCGUACGGGAAAUGCGAUUCCGGGAAUUCAUCAACUGAGCCCUACAUUGCAGCGCAUAACAUGAUAUUAGCUCAUGCAAAGGCGGUGAACAUCUACAGAAAGAAUUACAAGGCCAAGCAAGGUGGCUCUAUUGGAAUUACACUACACAUGAGAUGGUUCCUAGAUCCCUUGUUCUUUGGUGAAUAUCCUCAACAAAUGCACAAAAUCUUAGGUCCAAACUUGCCGAAAUUCACAGAAGGAGAGAAGCAACUACUGAAAAAACAAAUUGACUUCAUCGGAGUAAAUCACUACGAAACAUACUACGUCAAGGAUUGCAUAUAUUCUCAAUGUGAUUUGGACCUCUACACUUGUGUAGCUUUAGUUUCUGAAUCAUCAGAACGAAAUGGGAUGCCAAUUGGAAAACUGACACCAGCAAAUAGCUAUGUGGUUCCAAGCUCUAUGGAGAAGUUGGUCAUGUAUUUAGAGCAGAGAUAUAAAAGCAUACCUUUGUACAUCACAGAGAAUGGUUAUGCCCAAAUAGGCAAUAGCAGCACCACAACAGAAGAAUUAAUAAAUGAUAAUGGAAGGUCAGGUUACAUUGGUGACUACCUCACUUACUUGAGCUUUGCAAUAAGGAAAGGAGCAGAUGUGAGAGGUUAUUUUGUGUGGUCUUUGAUGGAUACCUUCGAAUGGAACUCCGGUUACACCGCAAAGUAUGGUCUUUUUCACGUGGAUUUCAAGUCACUAAAGCGAACACCAAGACUGUCCGCUAAAUGGUACAGCAAGUUUAUCAAGGGCUAUGAACAGAUAGAGAUGGUCUCUGAAGAAUCACCUAAGCAUAUGGUUUCCUAG